AUGGAGCCUCGCCAUGGCAUAAUGAAGGCGUUUCCCAAGGUUAAAAGGGCUAAAGUGUUUCAGGGAAAAGAGAGUCCACCACCCAAGAAGAAAUCUGAGCAACUUAGUGCCACAGGUGAUAUUUUCUGUGGUUUGCAAUAUAGUCUUUCUCCAAUUAAAAGUGACUCUGAAGCACAAUGUAGUAAAAAAGAAGAAUUACCUAAUGUGGAAACGCAAAAUAAUCAUGACACAUUGGAGGAAUAUGAUAUCAAUUCAGUGAAUCAUGAGGCUGACUCAAGCAGCAAAGACGAACCACAUGGAGAUGACGACGGUGUUUCUCAAAGUGACAUAAAAGCUCUCAUGACUGGCCAGCAUCCAAAAGAUGAAUGUCCUGGUGCAGAAUCUCUCCCUCAAGAAACAAUCUCAGGAAAAUGGGUCUGUGCUCAGUCAUCGGUAUCCAAGAGCAAUAACUUCAACAAACACAUAACUGACAAAUUAGAAGUUCUGGCCAAGGCCUACACACACCAAGGAGACAAAUGGAGGGCACUGGGCUAUUCCAAAGCUGUUAAUGCACUGAAGAGCUACCACAAACCAGUUACAUCCUACCAGGAAGCCUGUCAAAUCCCAGGGAUAGGAAAACGAAUGGCAGACAAAAUAGAUGAGAUUAUGGAAAGUGGUCAUCUCCGGAAACUUGACCAUAUUGGAGAAGCAGUACCUGUACUUGAAAUGUUUUCCAAUAUUUGGGGUGCUGGGGCUAAGACUGCACAGCUUUGGUACCAACAAGGGUUUCGCACUUUAGAAGACAUUUCUACCAAAGCUCACCUAAACCAUAAUCAAAAAAUUGGACUGAAAUACUAUAAUGAUAUUCUGGACCGAAUGCCCCGGGAGGAAGCAGGAGCCAUUGAGAAAGUGGUGAGAGAUGCUGCUCGGACGGUAGACCCCGGCCUGCUGUCUGUGGCAUGUGGAUCUUAUCGUCGAGGGAAAGCCACUUGUGGAGAUGUCGAUGUGCUUAUAACUCAUCCUGAUGGAGUGUCACAUAGAGGGGUCUUUGGCAAAAUUCUGCAUUGUCUUCACGAAAGUGGAUUUUUAACUGAUGAUCUUGUUAGCAAUGAAGAGAAUGGAGAGCAAAAGAAAUAUAUGGGUGUUUGCCGCCUUCCAGGUCCUGAUCAGCGUCAUCCCAGUGCUACCGACGUCAACCAGUUGCGCCAGCACUGCCUUCAUGAGAUGUCCUGCCCGCAGUGGAGGCGGCGCAUGGAGGCCUCUCAGCGCAGCAGGGGCCCAAAAAAUAGUUUGAGCAUUCACACUUAA